UGGCUCUAACAGUGACGCAAUGACGUGGACAGGAAGAUAUUGGAAAGCUCCUUUAAAACUUCGCCCCUGUCAGGCUGGUAAUGUUUGUACAGUUAAACUACUGACGAUGCCUGUGGAGAGCCUGCCAGUCCGGGAUGCGUCCAUACAUUUCCGUUUACUACAGCAGUAUCUGAUUCUCCUGAAGAAAUACCCCAUCCUUACUAAGUCUGUGACGAGUGGCCUCCUCUCAGCUUUAGGAAAUCUUCUGUCUCAGAUUUUGGAGGCAAGAAAAAAGAUCAAGAGUGGAGCCCCAGUCAGUGAGAUUGACCCCGCUGCAGCUGCACGAUAUGCAACCUUUGGGGUUUUUAUCACAGGCCCAGUGAGCCAUUUCUUUUACCAGCUGAUGGAAGUAUGGCUGCCCACAACAGACCCGCUCUGCAUAGUCAAACGUCUGCUACUGGAUCGGCUUAUUUUUGCCCCUGGCUUUCUGCUGAUUUUCUACUUUGUUAUGAACAUCCUGGAGGCAAAAGGAUGGAGAGACUUUGAAAGUAAGAUGAGAGGAAGUUACUGGACUGCCUUGAAAAUGAACUGGAAAGUGUGGACUCCCUUUCAGUUCGUCAAUAUCAACUUUGUGCCAGUUCAGUUCCGAGUGCUGUUUGCCAACAUGGUGGCCUUAUUUUGGUACGCCUACCUGGCAUCUGUCAGGAAAUAAAGCUUCGCUUCCUAACCUCACUGAACUGGAAGCUGUGGCUUUAGCAUUGGGCGGUUUCCUCUACUACCUUUUGACCUUUUUCUAAGAUGAACAAUAAUUCUCACAUACCGUUAUUUGGAGACACUUAACAAACCUGUACAAUGAGGUUAAGCCAUUAUAACAUACUAUGAUGUGUUGAGUACAUUUGUAAUGACAACAUAAUAAAUGCAAGUGUUUUUCUUUAA